UCUUGCAUCCUCAGCAUCUUCCUCUGCCGCCAGCGAUGGAGAGGGAGGUCAUAUUUCGCCCAAAGUGGCACCGUGCGUUUUGGUUUUUGAUUUCGAUGAUGCUCUGCUUCUUUCAUGCUUCCAAAGCAGAGAUAACUUGCAGGUCGUGCCAGCCUGGGAAUAAGUGGCGUGCACAGGAAUUACUGCUGAAAUUCGACACAAGUAAGUCCACAACUGGAUUAAAGAGAGAAGUUUUUGGACCCGGAGACGGGGCUGUGAGAUCCGAGGCUGAAAGUGCUGAAAGUCGGCAUCUCCGUUGCGCAGCAGGUUCCGCUGAAUGCGCUCCGGAGAAUCGGGCGGAACACCCGCAGCCAAGGCUGCAAGGGAGUACAGACAGUCGGCCCGCAGAAGGCGACACCGGCGAGAGCGAGUCAGCCAACAUGAAAGUUUCCAAUGUCAAAACGAGUGGAGAGCAGAAGACCCGCGCCGGGGCCAUCCGCCACAGAAAGCGCGCUAAAAGGACCAGUGGGAACGCUGGUGAUGAUGAUAAGAGGAGCAGACCCGUUGGUUCAGCCCAGAGUCAAGACCCGGGAGAGGACACGAGCUCGGCGGCUGGACGCAGAGUGACACGCUCUGAAUUGCGCUGGAGCGGAGCGGAGCGCAGAGCCACCGGUCCAAAGCAGGAGGAGCUAAAACUCAACAGUUCAACGUUCACCUUGACCGGGGAUUCAUCUCACAACCAGGCCAUGGUGCACUGGUCCGGCCACAACAGCAGCGUGAUUUUGAUGCUGACCAAACUCUUUGACUUCAACCUCAACAGUGUGACUGAGAGUUCAUUAUGGAGGUCAACUGACUACGGAGCAACGUACCAGAAGCUGAACGACAAAGUGGGAUUGAAGACAAUACUCAGUUAUUUGUACGUGAGCCCCAACAACAAGAGAAAGAUAAUGCUGCUGACGGAUCCGGAGGUGGAGAGCAGUCUCCUGAUCAGCACCGAUGAAGGAGCCACCUACCAGAAGUACCGGCUGAGCUUCUACAUCCUCAGCCUGCUCUUCCACCCCGAUCAGGAAGACUGGAUUUUGGCCUACAGCCACGACCAAAAGCUCUACAGCUCGGUGGAGUUCGGGAGAAGGUGGCAGGUGGUGCACGAGAGAGUGGCCCCCAACCGGUUCUACUGGUCAAAGAUGGGUUUGGACAGAGAGCCGGGCUUAAUUCACCUGGAAACCAGCAUCUCUGAAGGACAGGCGCUGUAUGUCACCUGCAAGCUGCAGAACUGCACCGAUGCCAACAAGGGCAAACCAUUCCCCGGCUACAUUGACCCCAAUUCUCUGGUGGUGCAAGAUGAGUAUGUCUUUGUCCAGGUGUCAGCCGGAGGGAGGCCGGUCUACUAUGUGUCUGCUAAAAGGGACGUCUUUAUACCAAUGAAGCUGCCCAAGUACACACUGCCCAAGGAUCUACAUGUGAUCAGUACGGAUGAGAACCGAGUGGUUGCCGCGGUGCAGGAGUGGAACCAGAACGAAACCUACAACCUGUACGUGUCGGACACGUCAGGGGUCUACUACAUCCUGACUCUGGAGAAUGUGGUCAGCAGCAUGGGCCCCGAGGGCAACGUCAUGGUCGACCUUUACGAGGUAGCGGGAAUAAAGGGGAUGUUCCUAGCCAACAAAAUGACGGAUACCCAAGUGAAGACGCACAUCACCUACAACAGAGGCAGGGACUGGAGUUUACUUCAGGCGCCGAGCAAGGACCUGAGGGGCAACAGUAUCCACUGUGUGCUCCCGUACUGUUCAUUACAUCUCCAUCUCCAUGUGUCUGCGAAUCCCUACACAUCUGGAAACAUAGCCAGCAGGGACACGGCGCCUGGGAUCAUUGUAGCAUCAGGCUCCAUCGGCUCGGAGCUGUCCUCCAGCAACAUCAGCGUGUUCGUCGCCUCGGACGCAGGAAACACGUGGAGACAGAUCUUUGACGAGGAGUACGCGCUGCUGUAUCUCGACCAAGGAGGAGCCUUAGUCGCAAUAAAACACACUCCGCUUCCCAUCCGACACCUGUGGUUGAGCUUUGAUGAAGGUCGCAAGUGGAACAAGUACAGCUUCACCAACAUGCCUCUGUUCGUGGACGGGGUGCUGGGAGAGCCCGGGGAGGAGACUCUCAUCAUGACGAUAUUCGGCCAUGUCAGUCAUCGCUCGGAGUGGCAGCUGGUGAAGAUAGACUUCAGGUCCAUUUUCAACAGGAGAUGUACAGAGUCGGAUUAUCAGACGUGGCACCUACACAACCAGGGCGAGCCGUGCCUCAUGGGGGUGAAAAGAAUCUACCAGAAGCUGAAGCCCACGUCCAAGUGCGUUAUGGGAAAGACGUACUUUGUGUCGAUGACGUCGGGCCCCUGUGAUUGUACAGAGGCGGACUUUGAAUGUGAUUAUGGCUACGAGAGACGCACCAACGACAAGUGCACCCCCGCCUUUUGGUUCCAUCCAUCAACGAUGUCCAGGAGUUGCUCCACAGGGAUGACCUUCCUUAACAGCACCGGCUACAGGAAAGUAGUCUCCAAUAACUGUACAGCUGGAGUCAGUGUGGAGUACACAGCCAGGAGACAUCAGUGUCCCAUCCAAGCACCCAAAGGUCUCCACCUGGUUACCAGUGAGGGGACGCUGACAGCCACACUGGGCACCAACGUCACCUUCCUGGUCUUUCUGGAGGAGGGCGACGGGGCGAAGACGAGCAUCACGCUGGACUUCGGAGACGGCCACGCUCUGACGUACUCCAACGUGAGCUCCAUUGAGGACGGCAUCAAACACAUCUACAAAGCUGUAGGAAUCUACCGGGCGACUGCCACCGGGGAGAACAGCCUCGGCUCAGAGACCGUCAUGCUCUACCUGCACGUCACAUGUCCGCUGGAGUCCAUCCAUCUCUCGGCUCCCUUUGUGGUGGUGAGGAAUAAGGAAGUGAACCUGACUGCAGUUCUGUGGCCCAGCCAAGUGGGGACGGUCACCUACAUCUGGUGGAUCGGAAAUAACACCGAGCAGCCAGUAAUCACCCUGGAGGGUAGCGUGGCGUGCACGUUCUCCCGGGAAGGCAUCAGCACAGUCACCGUGCAGGUGUCUGCGGGGAAUACGAUUCUGCAGGACCGAAAAAGCAUCGCUGUCCACGAAUAUUUCCGCUCUCAUCUGCUUGCCUUUUCAUCAAACCUGGACGACCACAACCCUGAUGUUGCAGAAUGGCGGCUGGAUGUGAGCCGAGUCAUUAGGAACUCUCUGAUCCAGGCCACCGGCGUCGGAGAGGACCAGCUGCUGGUCACCGUCCUGCCGGGUCUACCCACAGCAGCCGAGUUCUUUCUUCUUCCUGACAAGCUGUUAACUGAGGGGAAAGCGGAGAAGACCUCUGCUCAUCUAGACCAGCUCUCUGAGGUUCUGCUCGGCGCCUUGAAUCAGAACCGUGUCCAGUUCACAUUGCGGCCCGGGGUCCAAGUCACGGUGUACGCGGCACACCUUUCAGCAGCGCCUCUAGUGGACACCAGCAAGAACCACAGUGGCUCUGCCAUGCUAAUGCUGCUAUCAGUGGUGGUUAUGGGUUUAGCGGUAUUUGUCAUCUACAAAUUCAAGAGGAAGAUCCCAGGUCUCAACGUCUAUGCGCAGAUGCAGAACGAAAAAGAACAAGAAAUGACGAGUCCAGUUAAUCCAACAGAGGGCACAGCCGGCUCACAGCGGGACACGGUGCAUUCUUUGGAGAUUCUGGACACAGAGUUGAACUCCCGGCCCAGAGGAUGUAUGAAACCUCAUGUACAUGUGACAUUCUCCACAGAACUCCCCACGUACAUCGUCUGAACUCUGGACGGGAUUACCACUCCAGCCGCAUCAUGGCUCUCUUUGUUAUUGUUUUGGACCCGAUGGUUUGGAGCUUUAUACCUGUGCAUGUUGGACCGUGCUGACACGCAUUUACUGUGCUCUGUUCAAACCACAAGAAACGGUGUACAGGUUGUCAUUUCCUUUCAACAUAUGUGUGAUAAAUUCAACAUUUUAGGAAUCUAUACAAGUCAGAUAUAUAACUCAGAAGGAACACCAGCAUGAUCUUGAGAGGGAACACAAAAUGAAAUAAGCAACAAUGUUUUGGUUUUGCUUACAUAUCUGAAAUUGGUUUGCUGUUGUGAGAAGCGAACAGCAGUAGUGUAUUAUUUAUUCAUAUAAAUAUACUUUCAUGAUGUUAUUGAAGUGAAUUACACAUUUAUUUUGUAAAUCAUGAAUGUCUAUGUUAUAAAUGUGUGUACUUUAAUAACAAGUGUCAUACUAAACAGAAAUGCUGUUAUAUAAUGUAAAUAGGGUACGUCAAAGCUUUUGGUCCAUUGUCUCUUGGAAAGCUGAUUAAUGGCACAAUACACAUUUUCUACUUAAACAUUUCUUUUUUUCAGAUUUCAAUUCAUUAACAAAAAUACAGGGUUUGGUUUGCUGGAUACAUUUAACAUUUGCUGUGAAUCCGAUGUUUCUGGUACUAUUCAUGAUGCAUAGCAGGCUGUAAAAUGUGUUGUGCUUCAGCAUCUGAUGCUACGCUGCGCCAUCAGGCUGCAGGUGAUCAAACAGAACCAUUACACGGUCAGGACUGGAGCAAGAAAUGGGGGUAGAGGGUAGCGGGAGGACUAUCCCACUCAGAUAUGUAUUCCAAAGUGGUCCGCAGCCCCCCCACCCACCCCUCCCGAUCAAAGCCAACAUCUCUGCUGGAGGCAGAGUGCAAUUUAUCAAAUGUCUGAUUUACGAUGGCAGUUGGAAUGAGAUGCAACCACUUUGUGAGAGAAUCCAAAGAGCACGGCGGCCGAGAGAGAGCGAGAGAGAGAGGUGUUAAGAGAGAUGGAAGAGUGCUUAUUGGGGCCAAGAGUGUUCUAUGGGACAGAAUAAGAAGAGGCUGCAUUCGUGAAUGCCGAAUGUGGCCAGUCAAGCUCCAGGCUGCUUAUGGUUGGUGACACAUUUAGGGUAAUGUCCCGACCCGCUCUCGAGGAGCACCCAUCUUCAUCCCAGCUCAUUAUAUCAGUGGAGGAGCAGAAGAAGUGGAGCGCAGAUGCUACCAGGCGACACAGAUGGUUAGCUUGGCUGUCGAGCCCCGUGGUACUUUGUGCGUGGAAUCUGGCAGAUGUCAAUUCCUGAUUGAUGCCUUUCAAAUCUUCAGAGGCAACCUUUCCCGAUUAGUUUUCCCUCUUUUUACGCUGUUGAUAUGUAGGAAUCCAGCGCGAGUGUGUUUUUGUCAACCACGGAUGCCCUUUUCUACAAUUGUUCCGUCGUGGCUGUGCAGACAUUUGCACUGUAGUUCUAGCCACAUCGCAGUCAGUAGAGAAUGUAACGGUAGACUAUACAGAGGAGUGAUGAUGAGACGCACCUGCAACACACACACUGGCUGCUUUGCAUAGCGUCGUUUCAUUUGGUUCCACUGAACACGAUGCCAAGAGACGAGAAGUUUACAGCCAGUAAACUUAAGACGUGGAGGAAUAUCAGGGGAGGCGGGACGGCCCAGGGAUGAACGUAAUAUCUCGGGGUCACAACUUCAAUGAGUGUGUUCCUUGGUAGCUGUGUAGUGAAAGUACCUGUCAGGAACAUCAUUAUUCUGAACGCUGAGAUUGCCCCAGAUGGACUCUUGCCUUGAAGAAUACCGGUGGAAAGAUGCUCACUGUACCAAACAGGCAAUUUGUGCCAGAGCAUCGGGGGACCUCGAACACAAAUUAUAUUGAAAUAAAUAGAUUAACACAAACUAAUUCAUACACAGCAGAUUCACUGUGUAUGAAUUAGUUUGUGAUCAUUUUUUUAUUUCAAUAUAAUGUGUAGGGGAUACAUUAAAAGAAAUAGAAUAUAAUUUUCAUCAGUGUACCAUCACUUGAGACCACGUGGUUGGGUUUCCGUAGCUCAGAAUGAGUCUUUCAUAUCUAUAAAGAGAGCGGGUCCUCUUCACGUCGGCCAUGUUUCACCGUCAUGUUUCUGCGGUCGCCCUGUGGUUUGCUACAUGGAACAUGUGUAAGUUACCAAAAACAAUGUACUUCCUGCCGGGUGGGUUGUUCAAGUCCUGGUUGCCGACUUCCACAGCGCUCGCAUAAGGUGUCUCACUCUGAAGGAGUAGAUGUGAUGUGCAUCAGUGCUAGGAAGUAGGAAGUAGGAUGAUGGCGUAUGCUCAGGAGAGAUACCGAUAUGUUUGUUGUUGAGAUUGUAAGUUUGAGUGCUCUGUUUCUCUCUUUCAAGUCCCUGUUGCUUGUUGCUAGUGCAGUACUGGGCGUGGCCGUUUGGGGGCGUGGCCGUUUGCUCUGCUCCCAGCAGUGCUGCCUGCAGCUUGUAGACUGCAGUGGAUGUGAAGAAGAGUUCGGUUGUAACGUUAUGCAGCAUCCAGAAGACAUAUUUGACUGAAGCCCCGCCCCCGCUGCUGCACAGAGCGCUACCACCUGUUCGCUCAAGAUUUCUUGAUAUUGAUCAUCACUUUGCACUAACUUCAACGCUGCAUUGGUUCCCCGGAAAUACACCGCCAAUGUUGUGUGGCGUAAAUCAGAUGAAUGGUUCUGAAGAGGUGCGGCGGGCACACACACACGUUCACGCCCUCAAACAGAUUCCUUGCUUUAAGUUAUAUUGUGGAGAAUUGAGAAGCCUUUGACCAUGACCUUCAGCUCCUCCUUCACUCUGUUUAAAGUUCAUUUUUGUAGUUUGAAGCUUUUCAACGGCGUUCUUUAGUGCCACACUGCGUACGUCUUUGAGAGAGCUGCCAUUGGCCAUGGCCUUCCUCAAUGUCAGAGGUGAGCAUUUUUUGAAUGAGGUGAAUCUGUUUAGAAAUAGCCGUUUAUAUUCCAAAGCUGCAUGCUUAGAUGGUUUUAGUAUCAACUCUGGCUCCAUCUUCAUUUUCAUCGUAGCUGUGUGUCGGAGAUUGCAGGACGGACGUUUCACUCGGCUGAUUUCUCUGCCUCCCCACGCGGCGUAAAAAGGGCCAUUUGGCUUGGAGGGGAGAUUUGAAAAUCAGAACAAUCAAAUGAAAGAUUUCGGAAUGGAGCAAUACAAUCAUGAUUGGAUUUUCCUACGAUUUAAGGAAAUGAAGGAAUUGUUUUCAAGUUUGGCAAAGUAAGGAGUUAAAGUACCGAGUAGAAUUUAAUAACAUUUGGAACGGCUUGAGGGGGAGACAUACACUAGCCUGAAACCUCAGACCCCGGGGAACAGGAAAUGAUACCGGGCAGACCCGAUCAGGAGGUCCGUCGUGACGGAGGCACCUUCUGCCUGUGGGUCCCACUGGUGGGGACAGGUCACUCUGCUACACCAGGGGCCUCCUGGUUAGUGGGAGCUAUGACAGCAGGUGGUGUAGACUCGCUUUGAUCUACUCUUUUUUUCUUUCUCUCGCUCCCUCUGUCUUUUUCUCUAUAUCCUCCUCUCUGCAGGAUUAGCAAGAUUAUUAUUUUUGUAGACAAAUAUUAAUAAUAAUAAAAAAAGAGUUUUAUUACUGUACAGCUUUUGUAUAAGAACAGACGGUAAGGUGUUACAGUGUUUUUGUUUGACCUCAACUGUGCUGUGUAAUUGUUUUAUGCAUUUAUAAUCAUAUUUAUUAAAUGGAAAGAAGUCUGUUAACUGUUGUCAUUUUCUUACAAAAUUUGUAAAGAAAUACUAUGUAUUUAAGGAAGUAAUACUCACCUAUAAAGAAACGAAAACGA